AUGACCAUCUGUGCCACCGUUUUUGGAGUUUCUACAGAGUCCAUGCAGUUGUCAUUUGACCACAGAGGGAACAGUAUUCCAACAAUUCUUCUGCUGAUGCAAAGGCAUUUGUAUGCUCAAGGAGGCUUGCAGGCAGAAGGGAUCUUCAGAAUCAAUGCAGAAAAUAGCCAGGAGGAAUUUGUCAGGGACCAAUUAAACAGGGGUGUGGUUCCCGAAGGCAUUGAUGUGCACUGUUUAGCAGGUCUCAUCAAGGCUUGGUUCAGAGAACUUCCGACGGGUGUACUGGAUUCUCUUUCAUCUGAACAGGUAAUGCAGUGCCAGUCGGAGGAGGAAUGUGUGGCACUUGUCAGGCUUCUACCUCCAACCGAAACUGCUCUGCUGGAUUGGGCCAUCAACCUGAUGGCCGACGUUGUCCAAGAGGAACAUCUUAACAAGAUGAAUGCACAUAGCAUAGCAAUGGUGUUUGCACCUAACAUGACGCAAAUGGCAGAUCCCUUGACUGCAUUGAUGUAUGCGGUCCAAGUGAUGAACCUCCUAAAGACACUAAUUGAAAAGACACUACAACAAAGAGAAGAUGCCGUGGUAGAAUCAGCCCCUGUUUCCCACCUUGAGCCUUUUGACGAAAAUGGGCAUCAGGGUCCCUCAAAGCUUCGUAUGGAAGAUCCUGCUGAAGCAAAUGAAGAGACAGAACAGGCCUUCAGUGCUGAAGAACCUGAUGUAGACAGUACUUCUGAGUCUAAUCAAGUAAAUAACACCGUUGACGAAGAAUAUGCUAAUCAUUCAACUACCAGUAAGGUAUCUGAUGGAGGCGGGUCUUGUGAAACUCCUACACAAGUCUAUAAUGUGACAAAGAAUUGUCGGAAGACUCAAGUUGAGGACUACAUCAACAGGAGCAAAAUAGGCCAAUCAAGUGACUCUGAUGAAAAAAAGGGUUUUGGAAGAAUUAAUGGGCAGCAGCUACCUGUACUUCAGGCAAUGGGACCUGAGAAUAAGAGCAAGGGUAUUAGCAAUUUGAGCCGUAUAAAUUCACGGACAGAGCGGAUUGAAGCCUGGCGGUGA